AUGGCAGAAGACAGGCCAAAGCCUAGCGUUGGUCGCAAACGCGGUCGGCCUCGAACUGUGACGGACGAUCAAGAAGUGCCAGAGAGGCGUCGCAAACAAUUACGGCUAGCGCAACAAGCGUAUCGCAAGCGAAAGGAGACUACGAUCGAUAAUUUACAGAACCGCGUACAAGAAUUGGAGAGUGGCAUCGAGAGUCUCGGCAAAUCGUUCCUCUCUUUUAGUAGUCUUCUCCUGGAGGCGCAGCUACUUUCACAAUAUCCACAGAUCGCCUCGGCUUUACAAAAUAUAACCCAGCAAUGCGUGUCUCUUGCAAAGACUGGGAGUGACGAAUUCGAUGAGGGCGCUCUCAUCCGACCUACAAAAGCAAAGGAUGUUCCAGUCAAAACCGCCACUACACCAGAUAGUGCUACACGCCAUGUCUCGAUACUGAAUAUGCGUACUUCAGACACCUCGACAGAUGUCGAAGAAAUUAUCCGGUCGGCAGCGAAAGGGUGGCCUGGACCUCCUACGCCACCAUAUCAAGAUCAAAGUAUUCUACCAUUCGGCGUUGUCAUGUCGCCUACUGAUCCAUUCUAUACACCACCACUAUCCAACUCCCCAUUAACAGAUGACCUGAACACCAAUACAACAAUACUCGAUCAUCAAUGGAAUAUCGCACAGCGUCUCGUCCGGACAUGCUCUCAUAAGGGAUAUCGCCUCCUCAUCGACCAACCGAAUCACACAAAAAUCCCGGAGAUCUUCGGAUCUAUGCUUAGUGUACCUGAACGCAAUCGUCUUAUUUCAGGAUUCUACGCUGUCACGCAAGAUAAGACUGGCGCCAUGACAGAUGUCAAAGCCAAUGUGCUUAGCUUUUUGCGGGCUAGUAUGGACAAUUUCUCUGAGGAUCAAAUGCAGCUGUCGUCUCGAGUCUGGCAGAUUGCGCUUGAAUCGCAGUCCGACUCUUGGAUGGAUGCCAAUGGGGUGCAAAAGUACUUGCGUGAGAGGCGGUAUAUUACCGAUGACUUCACCGGUUCUUCUGGUCGUCUUGGUUAUACUGUCUCGCCGUCAUUCGACGUCGCGGCCUUUAUUAGGCUCCUCUCGGGCGAACCGAUCUGUGUUGGAUAUGGACCGGCGUUCCGACGCCAAAGCGUGGAAAAGGCUCUGCGUAUGGCCACUCUUAAUGUCUCCUGGGAAUUCGAUAAUAUCUGUGAUAUUUAA